UACAACCUUUAAUCCUAUAUUACGCUUUUACGAAUUGAUGUUUGCCACUGAAAAUAAAACAUACGAAUGCUUAAAUAUUAACACGUUAAACCAUGUUCCUCUUCAUAUUUAUACAUUAGACACUAUAAAAGGCAUUAAAUUGAAGCAUGCCUUGGUUAAUGAGCGUAUUUAAAUUUAUAAACGAAAAUGCUUUAUAAUACUGGAAACAUCAAGCAACAUUACAAAAUGCCCAUAUUUAAAGUCAUAGGACAAGAAUUUUCAAGAAAAACUUUAGUAGUUUGCGAUAAUCUCAAAGAUUUAAUUAAUACAAGCAUACAGCAUUUAGGUCUUCCAAACGUGGAAUAUACGGUUGUAUUACAAGAUAAAACUGAAAUACAUGAUGAUAAAGUUUUAAUAGCUCUGUCAGAUAGCUCCCCUACACCGGUUACAGUAACGCUUAUCGAAAAACAAAUUUUAUGUGGCCAAAAUGACGGACUUUGUACUGAUACUGGGUUAAAUAAUCCGGAAAAUGAAAUGCUACUCACAGUAUUAGAUUCAAACUCAAUACAAGAUCAAUCUGAUAUAAAAAUUAUACCUAUUAUUUUAGAUGAUACAAAUUUAUCAAUAUCUAAUGACAAGUCAAACGUCAGUCAGUCAAAGGAUGUUUUAUCAAUGGUAGAUUUAAAAGAAGUGGAUCCUACAAGUACAAAAGAGAAUGUUCCUAUUAUAGUACCUACUUCUGAAGGAGCCUCUGCCAUACAAUACUCCAAUCCGAUACCAAUAAGUGUCAACAGUAUUAGUACAGAUUUGUACGAAACAGAACCGAUACCAUGGUACAAAUUUCCGAAGCAGCUAAUAGAAGCAUGCGAAAAUAGAAAAACACCAUUGCCUGCUCAUAGACGUGCUAUGAUUUCAAUUCUUGCGGAAUAUCAAGUUCAUCAGUUAAAAACUGAAUCUAGAAGUACAUCUCGAAAAAUAGCGCAGCGAAUAGUACGCAAAUACCCACGAUCAUUCUUGGAUGAAAUUGAUGGUGCAGUUCUAGGAGAUGGAUCAGAGUCACUAUUUUGUCAAUUAUACACCAAAAUACAUUACAAUCGACGCAUAAAAUUGGCAGCAAAAAUGCAGGAAUCAGCCGAUUCUUCUGGUUCAACGGUAGAAAAAAAAGAUAAGAAGUUGCAAAUUUCUGAGACCGAUGAGUACGGCUGUUCAGCGUGUGAAACAAAAUUGGCUUAA